AGAGCCUGGUAGAACUGAAAGGUCGGAAGAAGUGAUGUUGGCGCUGUGCUGUUGUGUUCAGGCAGUGUACGUAUACGUACAGGUGUUCGGGCAGUACGUUCAAUUUAUGCAGAGGGAAGACCCAAAUUCGUCCUUAGGCUGGAUAUCUUUUAUCUUUUGACUGCCUUGAAGUGUUUUACAUCCUGUCGCCCAUCGCUGGUGGGCAGUCACCUUGCUCAAGAUGGAAACAAACGAGGUUAUGAGUGUAGCAGAUUUCUGCAAUUUUAAUAAGAAAGUAGAAAUGAUCACCAUCAGAGGAGGAGCUGUCAUGGGAAGAGAGAUUGAACAACCAGAUAUACUGAGGAAGAAUGAGCCUAAAAAAAGGCCUCCUGUAGGCACUGAUUAUGCUAAACCAUAUAUUGAUGAAGAAGAACGCUUACUCCUUCAGGGUUUCAAAUUUGACACAACAGACCCCCCUAACCUCCCUGGCUCCAGCCGAGGGAAUCAGAUGGAAGACACAACUACAAUUGGUUCUGUCGCUAAUCUCUGUGAUGUGGAAGAUGAUGAUGACACUAAAGUAUAUGAUUUAUAUGACUUCACUCCGAAGGAAUCUAAAUUGCCCAUUGAAAUCAUGAGAGACAAAAUUGUCCGCAUGGUUGAUACCAAUCAGGUUCUUAUUAUACUUGGUUCAACUGGUUGUGGUAAAACAACACAAGUGCCUCAGUAUAUACUUGAUGAUCAUGCUCAACAAAGAAAGAGAUGCAAUAUUGUUGUUACUCAGCCUCGUAGAAUUGCUGCAGUAAGUGUAGCUAGUAGAGUCUGCAGUGAGCGAGGCUGGGAGCUUUCUACAAUCGUUGGAUAUCAGAUUGGCCUUGAUAAUAAAACUUCACCUGACACACGACUAACUUAUUGUACUACUGGUGUAAUGCGAGAGAAAUUAGUCAGAGACCGCCAUAUGAUGGGAUAUACACAUGUCAUCAUUGAUGAGGUUCAUGAAAGAGACUUAGAGACAGAUUUUUUAAUGCUUAUAGUGCGACAACUCUUAAGGACAAAUUCGAGUAAAGUAAAGGUUAUUCUUAUGUCUGCCACAAUUGAUCCAACCCACUUUGCCAGGUACUUUUCUUUGCCAAUUGGAGAUCGUCUUUACCCAGCACCUAUUUUAGAGGUGGAGAAGUUCUCACGAUAUACAGUCAGUCACUAUUACAUAAAUCAACUUCAAAAACUGGGGUCGGGAACAGUCCCAGAGUUUGAACCUUAUGAUCCUCAAUUACAAGAUGAGGUUAUGGCCAUUGCUGUGCGAUUGAUAAUGAUGCUUGAUACGCUUGAUCCAGAAUCGUGGAAGGCCAGGAAUGAGAAACCAUCUGUUCUUGUUUUCUUGCCUGGUAUUCAUGAAAUCGAGACCAUGCAUGACCGUUUACAUCAAGAAGCCAUUAAAAACGACAAGUUCCUGUGGCAUUUAAUACCAUUACAUUCAAGUAUUACAAAAGCAGAGCAGCAAAAAGUAUUUCGUGAGCCUAAAGCAGGUCACAGGAAGGUGAUUUUGUCUACAAAUAUUGCUGAAAGUUCCAUUACAGUUAGCGAUGUAGUCUAUGUCAUAGAUUUCUGCCUGACUAAACAUCUAAUAUGUGAUGAAAUCACUAAUUUCACAAGUUUAAAAUAUGCAUGGGCUUCUCAUGCGAACUGCAAACAGCGUGCUGGACGAACUGGAAGAUUGUGCAAUGGAAGAGUUUACCGCAUGGUCCCUCAAAGCUUUUAUGAGGAUGUACUACCCAUUGAAACUGUGCCUGAGAUGAUCCGAUGCCCUUUGACUACUACUGUUCUCAAAGCUAAACUUCUGAAAAUGGGAGAGCCGAAAGCUAUACUUGCUAAAGCUUUGGACCCCCCUGAUCUUACUCGGUUAGAGACCACAAUACUUCUGUUGAAAGAGGCUGGUGCUUUACUGAUGACUUCAGAUGGAAAGUUUUCAAAGUUUGAUGGUGACAUGACAUAUCUUGGUUCAGUGAUGGCACACCUUCCUCUUGAUAUUCACCUUUCAAAGUUGAUAUUGCUAGGAAAUGUAUUUUCUAUCCUUGAGGAUACCAUUGUUAUUGCUGCAUGGAUGGCCGUGCGUAAUGUGUUUAAAAAUGAUUUCUACGACCGCCUUGGUCCUUACGAGUCAAAAAUUAAUUUCUCUGCUGGAUCUGCUAGUGAUUGUAUUGCCUACCUUAAUGUGUAUCACAGUUAUAAAGAAAAGUUACGCACCAAUUAUUUCAAAACUGGAAAUGAUACUGAAAAUACAUGGUGUAGAAGGAAUUUCCUUGAUUUCAAAGCUUUGAAAGAAGCUGAUGAGUUAGUAGAUGAGCUCCGAAAACGUCUUAAAAAUCUUGGUGUGUAUGAAAGCACUUCAGAAGCCAGACCACAGUGGGAUAGACCCCUCCUUCCCAUCCUGAGAAAGGUGGUAAUUGCUGGAGCAUUCUACCCUAAUUAUUUUGUGCGUAGUGCUCAAGGUGGUCAAGUUGUUGAGAAGGAUGCUGUGAAGGCUGUUAAUGGAAAGGAUCCAUGUUCUACUGUAUACCUGUCAGGUCUACCUUCUCACCAACCACCCCAACUUUAUUCUAAAGCAUUUGCUGAUAUUCUUGGAAAAUACGCUGGAGUUGUCUCUAAUGUUUCUUAUGACGGUUCCAGCAAAGUGUACAUUGAUUUUGAACGAAAGAUUAGUGAAUACUUGCCUGGCAAAAUAUCCUAUCCUGUGUAUCGAGCUGUCAAAAUGCGACAAUUGAGAAUUCCCAUUGAGAUUCCAGUAUUAUCACCUGAAGAAGCUGAGAAGCGAAUGAAAAAAUAUGGGGAAACUGCAGACAGGUACCUGUGUAUUGGAAAGCUUAAAGCCCCACCAAAAGAUCGACUGCCUAGUUUGUCUGUUGAGUACAUAAAAUUUGUCCCAUCUUAUGUUGAUAAUCCAAAUAAAUUCUGGAUUCAUUGUGGCAUUGAAGCUGAAUUGGAAUCAGUUCAGAUUAAACUUAAUACUCCAGGGAAUGUAUUUACUCUGACAGAAAAGCCAGUUGUCGGUGGAAUUUUUGCUGCUCCAUUUCCCUUAGACUCUGGAAUCUUAUAUCGUGCUCAAAUAAGUUCUGUAGAUAUGGAGUCUAAAAUAGCCGACGUCAAAUUUAUUGAUUAUGGAAAUGUUGAAAAAAUGCCAAUUAAGUUGCUUUGUGAGUUCGGUCCUUCCAUUCAAGACCUUAGGAUGACCCACCUUGUGCCCCCAUUUGCACUUGAGUGCUCUUUGAUGGGAAUUGGCCCGUCUUUCCUAAGUAAUGAAAAUGGCAUUUGGUCAGAAGAAUCUAUUGGAAAGUUCAUGAAAUUAAUUAACUGUGGAGAAUUGAUUGGCGAGAUUUACUCAGUUGUUGAUGGGGUGCUGUCCUUGACUGUUACUCAAUCUGAGAAAAAGGGAAGUUUGAAUAAGAUACUGAUAAAGCAGGGCUUAGCUGUCGAAGUGGAAGAAAGUUUGAGGUCUAAGUGCAACAAUUUACAGAGGGUAACAGCUAGAAACUAUGACAAUGGUGUAUCAAACGGCAGUCAAAAUCCAAGUCAGUCGACCUUUCUUGUUGAUAAUGUGCAACAUUCUGUCGGAAGAGUUGCAGAGUUUGUUGAUCCCCCGACACGGCGAGAGUGCCGUAAUAACACGGUGAGAAUGAGGGGUCCCUCCAGUCCUCUAGAAAUGAAAGUGUAUGGCUGCACUAAUGUCUCAUCAGGCAAGGAUAUUAGCAUGGAUGUUGACUCUAUCAAUUCUGUGUUGCUGGAUUCGAAUCCAGAAGAUCCUCAUGAAAGGCUUUUGAUCGCAGGAUAUGUUAGGGCUAAUUCAUCUGGCUCAAAGCUGAAACUUGGCCACUCAACAUUACUGCCAAAUAUACAUGGCUUAUCAUCUUUGAUGUGUCUCAUAUUUUCCCCACAAGUUGAGCUAAGACUAAGCCGGGACAAACGGAGGUACAUUGGUGCCUUGUGUGGUUUGGGUUAUGAUAAUACAACUGCCCAAUCAAUAUUUCCAGAGAAUGAAAUGGAAAUGAAGUUUGACUGCGUCAUUGACAUUGAAGAUAUGAGGAAGAUUAAUCACUUAAGGUACUGGAUGUCAAAAACACUUAAAUGUGCAGAGGGUGAUGAUGAUACAUGUGAAGCUUCACCUGCUGACAUUGUGAGAGCUCAGCAACAAGUCCAUAACACACUUUUUAAGCUCUUAUCGCGACAUAGGCCUUCAAUAGAAGUAGAGGACUUUAGGUUCACCUAUGAAUGGAAUAAGUACGAUGAUGAUGAUUUCUUGCUUCCGGAUUUCCCUGAUGAUGAGCGUGCUGUGUAUAAACCUCAUUUUGCCCUUAAGAUUAAAGAUUGUAAAGUCUGAAAUUUACUUUAAAGUUAGUGUUAUUGUUGAAUUUUUUAACAUUUGAUGAUUGAAUGAUAAUAUUCACAGAGUUGGAUAUUGUGAAGGAAACAUAGGUUCUGUUAAGGAACUUUUCCUUUGUGCUCUCAAUUUUUGAGAUUCGUUAAGUUCUUACUUUUAUCAAGUUUUUUUUCCUUAUUUUUGAGCCAAGUGUCUAGUUACCAAUCUUAUUUCUGGAAUUUUUGAAUUAAACUUUUCUUUAUGUCA